AAACAUGUUUUAAAUUAGUCAGUUGAUUUUUUCUUUAGUUUUGUUGUUGUUUAUCAGUGUAAAUAACAAUUUUAAAACUCUCUUUCAUAUUAACGAGAAAGCUUUAAGUGUUCUGUGAUUAAAGAUACUGUUUAUGUGCAUGUCAUUAUUAAAAGUUUUUUAGUGUGUUUGACUAAUCAAAAAUGUCUUGUUUCUCGACAUGAUUACGAAUAAAACUAACAGAGUGCAAGCUAUUAAAAGUAAAUUUGAGAGCCUGAAUCACGCGAGUGAACCACUAAUUGUCAAGAAGACUGUUCAACGAGAACAGCUGGGUAAACAAAAGUCAUACCCCACUCAAAAUGGUGGCAGUUUUGAAGAACACUUCCAUAAGGAUAGUUACGACAAAUCGUCGUUUAACGACAAAAUGCGGCAAGAAUCUGACUCAUCCGCCGAAGACUGGCCGGCUGCACCUAACCUAAGUUAUUUAUAUAAUAAAAGUGACGUUAAACGCAGUGUAAGUGAUAUAAAAACAGCCCUAAGCCGGCAAUCCAGUGACCCCGGUAAAAAACUCCAUAGAAGUCACGCAUUUCGCUGUGACAGGAGCAAGAUCCAGCCUCAAAGACACGGCAGUUGCAACGGCAGAAGCGAAACCAGUGAUUUUACUCUAAAAAUGGAUAAAAAGCUAAGCAAUGAACGGUUAAAAAAGCUUGGAAACUUGUUAGAAGAUCAGAUGAAGAAAGAAAACUUUGUAGUGCCUAAAAAUAGCUCUGUCUUACAUGACUCUAUACCGAAUUCCGAGGUGCCAAAACAUAUUCUAGAUCAGUAUGCAAUGAUUAUUAAAACUAGGAAAAAAGAAGAGGCGAAACAAGAGGCGAUGACGGACAGCGGAGUUAGUUCAGAGACUGAAAAUUUAGAUGAUGACAAAUCUAAUAGAGUAAAGAAGUUAAAAUCUCAUUUUGAGGCUGAGACGGAGCCCGACAAAGAUUCCGAAGAAUCUAAAGAUUCUAUGACUGAAUUAAAAGACUCUGUCAUUGAAACAGAUUUCGACUCGAAACCAGGCUUAGAAUUUAAACCAAACUUAUCUUCCAUGAAUGACUUAUGCGCCUCCAGUGAAACAAUGCGUUUAGAACGCAAAAAUCCACAUCUAAUCCUAACUGAUACUUUAAAGAAGGCUCUUAAACAGCCGUUACCGUCUGGUCCGCCUCCAAAGAAACCACCUAGAAUUUUAGUGACACCGGAAAAGAAAAAAGACACUAAACAAAUGUUGCAAAAGUUAGAACAAGUCUUAGAACAGAGGGCAGCACAGAAAGUUAAAAAUAUCUAUGAUAUCGCUGAGACUAACUUAAGUGUACAAAGGCCGAAGGAAAUGCACUAUUUGUGUACUGAAAUUUUAGAUAUAACAAAUAGACCUCUAGUACCGAUUCAGACACAAAACGAUUCACUUGCCAAUUGCUUUAACGCUUUAAACUGUGCUAUUGGUAACUCGACAACAAGUCUACCGUACACAAGAUUGAGCGGAGCAUUCUCGAACCGUAACUCUAGAUUUUGUUCAUGUAGCGAUGAAAGUUUACACAUAGACUCCUUUCUGAAGGAGAAAAAGUGUGCAAAAUGUGUCGGUAAUGACGGGAAGAACUUUAAAUGCCAUUUAAAAUGUAAAUGUAAGGAGUCGGAGUUCUUUGUAGAAAAGGAGCAUGUGUAUGAUGUGCCGAUUGUUGAGAAGAAAUAUGGUACUAUAAACAGCUCGAAGAUGAAGCACAGGAGUUUGGAGAAUAUUAAGAUGGAUGAGGAAAUCAUCUACGACACCCCCCACCACUCUCGCCCCACCACCCCCGAGCCGACCGACUUCCAAAAACUGCGCGACAACUUCGAGAAACCAGCGUUGAAACCGAAACCGAUACUGAAACCGAAGAGUUUCGAGAACAUCUGCGAGUCGGGGCAGCAGAAGAGGUUUAAGAAAUACGCUACGGAGAGGAAAAGUAGGAGGUUGGAUGGGAGUGAAGUGAGAUUUGGGAAGGAGAAGAGCGUUCAGUUGGACGUCGAUAGACAAAAUUUGAAUCGCCUAAUGAACGAGAUCUACGAAACCGUCUCCGCAUGCAACAUGGAUGAGAACAAGCCAGGCAGCUUCCCGACCGAAUCAUCUGACAGCACCAGCGAAGAUUCAGUAAAACUGACCCGCAACCUCACUGAAAAACGCAAAAACUACGUUCGCCGGGUUUCCUCGCGCGUGGCCUACACAGACCCUAAAAACAGGACCCGGUUUAGACACCAGACCUCAGAUUGUUCCUAUAAAUCUGAUACGACCACUGAGGCACCGCGGUACUCUACGUUCCGGUCUUGGAAAAGUUUUAGGACAUCACAAGUUAAUGUGAACGACAUGGACUGCGAACCCCCAGAGCUUACAGAGAGGGGGGUGGACGACAAAACGGGGUGCGGCGGGGUCGGGCAGAGCGGAGGCCUAUUCGACGCGUGUCUGCUCGUCGGCCUCAACUGCAUGGCCGGAGAGGCCUAUGUCAAGAGCGUGUUCCCUAAACAAGUUCAGGUGCCCCCACACAUAGAAAACCUAGUGUUUCCCGAAACUCUUAGCUCAGCCUGCAAGGAAUGGGCGCCUGAAGCGAAAUGUGCCCAGUGCUACUCCCUAGUCCUAACUGACGAGAGAGGCGAACGGUCUUAUGGUUACUGCCGACGUGUGCUACCAGAGGGCGCCACAGUCUGUCUACCGUUAUGCUACUGUAUUAUAGGGAAAUACAGAGCACCUGGAUUUUAUUAUAAGGUGCUCCAAGAAAUAGAAUCUCACCACGGCAGCUCAGACGUGGAAAUAAACAGCAUACUCCAACAGCUGUUCCACACCGACUUCCCAUCGCCAGGAGAAGAGUUAACCAUCCACCACGUUCGUCCUACGCGAAGCAGUCUACAUAUAGAGACGGAAAAGGCAAAAACAAUGCCAGAUUUCCGGCACACUGUGACUGAGAAGGAUAUGGCGGCGUUUUAUGAUUUUGAGGGCAUGAAAGAAAAUCAGAGGACGCGGACAAUAAAACGGCCUCUAGAGCCUCGAGCGGACGAAGACAAUGUGUCCAUAUUAUUGGACACCCUGGGCGCCGGUCUGCUGAUCAAGGUUUUUGGCUCUCUACUGCUGGAAAGGAAAGUUAUCAUCAUCAGUGACCAUUUAAGUCUGCUCUCGUCAUGCCUCGAAGCCCUCCAAACCUCCUUGUACCCCUUCGUGUGGCAGCAGCCCCUCAUCUCGGCCAUACCGGCCGAAAUACAGAGGGACGUUUUAGAAGCACCCCUGCCUAUGUUAGCGGGGCUACUCAAGACGGGAGACUUGGAUACUAGCGGAGUUCUUUUUGAAGAGGGCAUGCUGAUAGACCUAACCCAGCAAUCCAAAGUGAUAUUCUACCAAGGCGACGAGUCCACAAUCUUACCAACAUACAGCUACAAAUCUCUAAAAACUACUAUCCAAAUGGAAACCAGACAAAAAGACAAACAGGACACUAAGACCAGAAAUGUGAUGAUAUCUGAGGCUUUCCUGAGAUUUUUCGUUGAUGUUUUGGGAGGGUACGAGAAGUGCUUUAAGGAGGGGGUGAAAGGGGAUGGAGAGAUGGGGAACUGUGGGGUUAUUUUUGAUAAAGAGUCCUUCAUAAAAAACGCGCCAUCAAAACAGAACCAAUACUUCCUAGAAUGGUUCACGGAAACCGCCAUGUUCAACCACUUCAUACAAAACAUGGCGGCCAUACAUACAAACAAACAAAACAACAACGUACCGUUAGUCGACACGCCUUUACCUAAUUUCUAUGAGUUAUUCGAAGAAAGAGUCCGCAGUAGGGGAAGGAUGGAAAAGAUGGACGGUAAGGGAUAUUAUAAAACGGCUAUGAACAAAAAAGUUAGGUUAUUGAAAACAAAAUUGAGGGAGUUAGUUAAUUAGUUUUUAGUUUUUAUGAUAAGUUAUUGGAAAAAAACCGGCCAAGUGCGAGUCGGACUCGUACACCGAGGUUUCCGUACUUUUUAGUAUUUGUUGUUAUAGCGGCAACAGAAAUACAUCAUCUGUGAAAAUUUCAACUGUCAAGCUAUCACUGUUCAUGAGACACAGCCUGGUGACAGACGGACAGCGGAGUCUUAGUAAUAGGGUCCCGUUUUUACCCUUUGGGUACGGAACCCUAAGAACAUGUUGUCAUAAUACACAACAUGUCACAGCUCACACACAUCAUCACACACACACAGCACACACACAUUUCACAGCUGUUGGAUCUCCAAAUAAAUAAAAUAAAUAAAUAAAAUAAUAUGUCAACACCAACUACUGGGGACUAGGAACAUUUUUUUUUUAUUAAUUCAAAAAAUUUACACAGCAUUACAGCGAACUAAUACACUGAGAAAUUUAUAAUAGAAAGUAUUUAUACAUAUACGACACAGGCUCACCACAAUCUGAGUGUCUAUCGUGGAACAAGAAAAUUUCUUUAUCUAACAUCAGAGAUGCACUCUGCAAGACUUGCAUAUUCGAGCGAUAAAGAGGCAGAUAGCGAAUUAGCCUCAUGCAUGAAGUUUAUAUUUGAACGAAAUAUGUUUUAUUCGGAUGUUUGUUACCGUUAUAUCAUGUUACAAAUGCAUUUCCGUUUUUAAAUUACCAUUUAAUUACUUAAAAUUAUAAAUAAAAAGUACAAAAAUUUGCCCGCGAAAAGCUAGUGAGCGAAACGCUCGAAACGCCACGUGACGUCACGCGUUCGACAGAUUAGUGUCAUUAGUAGCAAACGUCAGUUGGGCCGCCCAACGUGUGACGUCAUCACGCUCUGUCGAAUUCGCGCCAAAAAUUAUGAGCGUUUCAACCGCUCAAAAAUUUUUAACAUUUUAAUUAUUUUUUAAUAAAAUAAUGUUAAGGUUUACAAAAGUAUUUUUAUCAUUUCCGGUGUUCCAACUAUAUAAAUUAUGAAUCCAAAAAUAAAAAUAAAUUCAUGCAUGGAGCUAAUUUUCGGAUUCGCGUUUCCCGGUAGGUCCUCUGUAAACAAACCGCCUUGAUGCAUCAAUGUCAUAUUUUAUUAUCUCUGAAAACUUGUAAAAAACCUAGGUACAGUAUGUAUGUUACUCUAUGGUUUACUAAAAAAGCUUGUCCUGCACUCUGGUGGCGGAACAUUGCAGUAAUAUCCCCUAUUAGUAACUUGUAAAGUAGCAUAGUUGCGCGAGAGAAACGGCAAACAAAUCGCCGCUAUACUUACUCAACCUCGUAUCUGCAACACUCAUUUGAUGACAAAAACACCCGUAUUCCGAAUGAAAGAAAAGCGACAUUUCCAUCAAAUGAUUGUUGCAGAUAUGAGGUUGAGUAAGUAUAGCGACAAAUACUGUUAUGUGUGAUUGGGCAAUAGCAUCCGUACAUGAAUAAUUGGUUGAUACAAUUUUGAUGUUAGCAAAGAUAGAUAUAACUCCGUAAUAGAUGGAUACAGUCUAAGGAAAAAACGUGCCUCGAAAAUCAAGAAAAUUUGAUUCUCGUUCAGAGGGCGCUACUAGCUUUAGCCAACUGUCGUAUAGAUGGCGUUGGCGGUUUCGUUUGUUAUUUAACAAUUUUAACGCAUAUCAGUGAAAGAACGGGUCAAAAUCAUAAAAAUAAUUAAGUAAUGCAAAUAAAAAAAAUCAUUUAUCCAUAUUUAAAUACAUUUUACCGUAUUUUUAUGAAACUUCAUUUUUAGUUUAGAAGUGUGUCGACAGAUGGCAGUGAAUUUACUGGAGUUACAAAAUUUACUAUGACAGUACCACUCUAGGAUAAGUUACUCUAUGAUGUUAGUCUCAUAGCAGGUUUUAAUGUAUUUGUAGCACUUUUCACACAAAGUUUUCUCUUAUUUUGCAUCAGCAUGCAAAAUGCAAUUAAAAGACAUUAAAUUAUUAUAAAUUAUAAUAGUAACGCAAAAUAUUUUUUUGCAAAAUGUUUAGAAAUCUUUGAUGUCUUGAACUCUUCUGUCUAUUUUAACUUGAAAUGUAUAGAAUAUAACUCGAAACAAUCAAUUAUUUCUAACAAUGAAUUUCUUUGACAAUAUUAUAUACUAAAUAAUACAUGACGACUAAUCCCUUUGACAUGCUUGUAACCAAAAUACUGCUUAUGGUAGUCGACAUAUGUGCCAUUCUCAACCAAAAGGGUACUUAUUCUCGGUUGUUAAUAAGGCGCUAUUUCCAUAUAGCUUCAAUUUGAAAUCAACCUUAUCGACAAGCGACAAUGUGGUACCAUUUGGUUGAAAACGUCACAUAUAUCGUCAAGUAGCGGAUUUAUCAGUACCGCUACUUGACACUAGAUGUCUCUAGUGUCGCGACAAACGAAAAGUGUAUUGCUCGACCAUAGGGAAUAUUACGCGAAUCUCUGCGUAGGGGGCGCCAUUACCACAAACUGAGGGUCUAUCGCGAAACAAGAAAAUGGAAAAUUUAGUUGUCUAACAUCUCUGUCACUCUUGCAUAUUCGAGCGAUAAAGAGGCAGAUAGCGAAAUUUCGGAUUCGCGUUUUCCGGUAGAUCCUCUGUAAACAAACCGCCUUGAUGCAUCAGUGUCAUAUUUUAUUAUCUCUGAAAACUUGUCAAAAUCCUGUUAAAGGCACAGUAUGUAUAAGUUACUCUAUGGUUUAUCAAAAAGGCUAGUGCUGCACUCCGGUGGCAGAACAUUGCAGUAAUAUCCCCUAUUCACAACUAAUAUUACAAGCGAAAGGAGUUGAAAAUAGAGUUCCGGUUAUAAAUAAGCAGUAUUUUGGUUACAAGUAUGUCAAGACUGUCAAGAGGAUAGGUCGUGUAUGUUUAGUCUAUGACAAUAUUAAGCAUAAGUACGCAACGAAAUCUCAGUUUAAAUAAGAAUAUCACUUUUAAUAAGAAGUUGUUGAUUGUGUGAUGAAGACAGUAGAACGGUGGGGACAGAUGGAAAUACACCAAAUAAUAUUAAGUCAAUAAAUAAAAAUGGGUACAAUACAAAUCCUCUUCAUUGCACAACCUCGGAAUAAUACAAUUCCAAUAAUACAUUUUCGAAGUACUAAAAAUAAAGAAUGUGCCUUCCCAUCCAAAUUUUUUAUCUAUUCUCAUUUUAUCAGGCGUUACUAGCAUUCUAUCUAUUGUCUUUAUCGCGUGAUAAAUCUGACACCGCCUUCCACGUGAUAUUUCACCUGUCGCUUUCGCACUUUACUAAAUAGAGAGUGACGGAUAAUACAUGGAUGUUUGUCGCAUUAUCUAUUACAGAAGCAGAAUACAUGGCAUUUGGUUCUUGAUAAAAAGUUUGAGGCUUUUUUUACAGUUAAAUUAAGUUAUAUCGACAAGCGUGAUUGUUGUAUAAAUGGGGUAUUUUCUAUGAAAAGGGACCUUAUUGUCGAUGGCGCUUGCGCCGCACAGCGUCGCGCGGCAUUGUAUUUAUAUCGGGGCAUCGUUAAUAAUGGCGUAAGCGCCAUCGACAAUAAGGUCCCUUUUUAUAGAAAAUACCAGAAAUGAAUUGUUAUUGUUAUUUAAUUGGAAAUUGUAUUACUAAGAUCGAUUACAAAAAAUAAAUAUGAAACUUUAUCAAGAGUCCCCGGCAAGCUCGGUUCUCCAUACAAACGUAGUCACGCUCUCAUUUUAAAACUACUAGCUAGUUUGCUCUGAAACUUUGUACUUACAAUAGGAUAAGGUAUAUCUAUGUCUGUAAUUGGUUUAUGUAGCUUCAGAUACCAUAGUUAAGAAAAUACAGCGAAUUUAAGUUUUUCAUAUAAAACUUGUUUUUGCUUUAUUUCAUUUUAUUUAUAUACUUGAGCUAUAUAAACUAAUUACAGACCUAGAUAUACCUUAUCUAUAUACCUUAAUUACCUUAUAAAUACAACAAAAUUAAAUUUAUAUACAAUGUGUUUAUUUUUUUUUUAAAUUUAGUGAUGUGACAACCAAUAAUUCUUAACUGAUAUUUUCCUAUCCUGAGAAUUAGUUAAUAUGUAUUUUAAACAUUGGUCACUUUUUGUGUUCGAUCUUAGUAUUUUCAUGAGUUUCAUGACAUUUUUUUAAAUAAAUCGUAUUUUUGUCACGUUAAUUGAGUAUAUACAGGGUGGCUAAAAAAUAAGUGCAUUACCGUUGCCAGGGUGUUUUUGGGAUUAUACUGAACAACUUUUACUAUGGGACCAACCCCGAAAUCGCGAAAAAAAAUUUGGCUGUUUUAUACAUUUUGGCUGGUCCAUUUUCUAUGGGAGGGUAAAUUUUUUUAUCGCGAUUUCGUGGUUAGUACGUAAAAGAUGCUCAGUAAAAUCCCAAAACCUCCCUAGCAACGGGAAUGCACUUAUUUUUUAGCCACCGUAUAUAUACAAUAGUUUUACAUACACAUAUCAUACAAGCCUUAGAGAUGUGCCUGAUUUUGUAUAUUAUUUUAUAUCUUAGUUAUGUAAAACGUAUGAUAAUUAUUAGUUUUAAUGCAAUAAAAUAAUAUUGUAAAGUAAU